AUGGCUAAAUUCAUCCACAAAUCAACAUCUGACUUCUCCCCUCACCAAACGAAAACAACUCCUGGGGCCAUGCCUGCCGCGAACAGGAGCUACAACUCCCCAUGCCCACGCGUUCCCGGCGUCUCUGCAUCCCAUCAUCAGAUCGCUUCUGGUCCCCAGCACCAAGCUGUGGCGCCUCCAGUUCCGGAAGCGUCUGCUCCAACAGCAAUAGCAGACAUUCGACUUACUCGGCUCCAAGGCCUUUCUGCGAUUCUCAACAAGUCCACCUCACCCAAAGAAGUGACAGAGAUCUUCACCAGCGAACUCCGAGUAAUGGCAAAGAACACCACCGACGUCGUAGCCAUCCUUGCCCAAAUCCUUCUACACUACAAAGCCAACACUCCGAUACAUCAGCAAGCUCAAAGAGAACGGUCGAUCGUGUGCAACGGCCACUGGACCGCAUUCUUUCGAAAAGUCGCGGGUGGUGCGCAGUGGUUGACAAACCAGUGGGGUGGCAGCCCUUGGCUCCCUGCUGAUAUCCGGGCUACGGCUGAAAGAUUAUUUGGCAAUUCGGAACCAUCCCUGUAUGUCCACAUGCUGGUGGAUAUUACCAAGGCGGCACAAGCAAAGGGAAUGAAUCUUCAAAGUCUAUGGGCCAACAACGGUGAGCUCAGGGUCGCGAUGAAGAAGAACGCUUCGCAAUACCUUACCUGCCAACUAGUCAACGGUGUCAUCCAGGGCAUCAACGGUGCGAGAGUUGAAGAGACCUUGAAAGCUCCUACGAAUGAACCCCAAGACAGGACGGUCAUUGAUCUCGUGAAUGGAACUGAGAAAGCAAACAGGGUCGACAUAAGCAGUUCCGAUGAGACAAACCCCAUUGUACAAGAUCCAAACAGCAAAGCGCCCAUAGCGCAAAUGAGACCUUCUUUUCCCAAGACCCUGGGUAACAUCACUCCUAAGAACAAUGGCGCACCAGAACAAUCUCAGCCCUCGCCUGUCACAAAAGGUGCACAACCAGACACUCCUCCGAUGAGCAAGAAGCGCACUUUCAAUCAAAUGAACUGUGAAGAGGCGUCUUCCUACAGUAAAUACGAGAAGCUCAUCUUGAAUCUCAACCUUGAACACCUCGCGGAACUUCGGGGAGAAGCGCUCAAGAGCUUAGAAAAGGCAGAGUCAGACAAGGCUAGCUUUGACUGCGCACUUGCAGAUCUGAAAGGGCGAGAAGACCAGAUCAAACAAAUCCGCGACCAGAGCAAAACUUUGGUAGAUGAGAUGAGCAAUGGGAUGAGAGGGCAGAGUGAUCAGGGCGUCCUUGCUGGGGUACUGGCAAGUACUGGAACGGCAUAUGUCAACGGCAUCACAAGUCUGCUUGACUCCCUUCUCCAGGCUACAUCCGACUUCCAAGAAAGGCCUACGGCUAAAGAGUUACAAGCGCAACGUGCCGAAGCAGUCGAUAAGGCUUCUAAAGCAAAGGAACAAGUCCAAGCACUUGACCAUAUCGAAAAGGCGUGGUCGAUCCAUCAACGCUAUAAGGAGGCCAAGAGAUAUCGACAGAAGCUACGUGAUCUUCUAAGCGAGACAGAUGAGCGCGCCAUAGAACUAGAGAAGGCAUGCCUUUCCACGUUCAGCCAAGCAGAGCAAGAAGACUAG